CCGUAUAAAAGCUAAAGACCGCCAUUUUAAUUAGAUGAAUAAACGAAUACCAACAGGAGUAGUUAAAAGAGUAAGUUUAUUAUUUUGAGCUUUUAAUAUAAUGGAGAUGAUGAGUGGUGAUGAUCAUAAGCAGCAGCUGCAUGUAUUCUUCUUUCCUAUCAUGGCUCACGGCCACAUGAUUCCAACACUAGACCUGGCCAAGCUCUUCGCUUCACGCGCCGCCGUCAAGUCAACCAUAAUCACCACCCCUCUCAACCAGCCCCUUCUCUCCAAACCCAUUCGUAAAUACGCGCAGCUCGGCCUCCAAAUCGGCACCCUCUCCCUCCACUUCCCCGGCGCCGACGUCGGCUUGCCGGACGACUGCCAGCAUUUCGACCAGAUCACCUCCGACGACGCGGCCUCCCGCUUCUUCCGGGCCUGCGCCAUGCUCCGGGAACCCCUCGAGCAGCUCCUGGAAGAGCACCGCCCCGACUGCCUCGUGGCGGACUCGUUCUUCCCUUGGGCCACCGCCGCCGCUGCCAAGUUCGGCAUCCCGCGGCUCAUCUUUGACGGAACCAACCACGUGUCUUCCUGCGCCAUGCACAGCCUCAGAGCCCACAAGCCCUUCGACGAAGUUGCGUCGGAUUCGGACGCGUUUACGAUUCCCGACCUCCCCCACGAGCUCACGCUAUUGCGGUCGCAAGUCUCUCCGUACGAACGGAAAGACCGAAGCGAGAUCGGUUCCGAGGCGGAGGCUCCGAUGGCGGAGUUCAUAUCCCAACUGAGAGAGGCAGAGCGGACGAGCUAUGGGGUGGUCUUCAACACCUUCUAUGGGCUCGAACCGGACUACGCGGAUCACUUCCGGAAGGUUCUUGGAAGAAAAUCGUGGUCGGUGGGGCCGCUUUCGCUGUACAACAGAGAUACAGACGACAGGGCCCAGAGGGGGAAAACCCCCUCAGUGGACGAGAAAGAAUGUUUGGAAUGGCUCGAUUCCAAGAAACCCGACUCCGUCGUUUACGUUUGCUUCGGGAGCCUUGCAAACUUCACGGAUUCUCAGCUCCGGGAAAUGGCGGCCGGGAUAGAGGCUUCUGAACAGACGUUCAUCUGGGUGAUAAGAAAAAUAGGGGAGGGGACAGGGGAGGAGGAGGAAUGGAUGCCGGAAGGGUUCGAGGAGAGGACGAGAGGGAAGGGGUUAAUCAUAAGAGGAUGGGCCCCGCAAGUGCUGAUUCUCGACCACGGGUCGGUGGGUGCAUUCGUGACGCACUGCGGGUGGAACUCGACGCUGGAAGGGGUGUGUGCGGGCGUGCCCAUGGUCACAUGGCCGGUCUUUGCAGAGCAGUUCAUCAACGAGAAGCUGGUGACGGACAUUCUUCGGACGGGUGUAGGGGUGGGAUCCAAGGAGUGGAAACACACGGGAAGUGACGGGGUGAAGAGAGAAGCGGUCGCGGAGGCGAUCAAGAAGGUGAUGGAGUCGGAGGAGAUGAGGAGCCGAGCCAAGGCGCUGAGAGAGAAGGCGAGAGAGGCGGUCGAGGAAGGCGGGUCUUCUCACUCGGGCCACAUGAUUCCAACACUGGACCUGGCCAAACUAUUUGCUUCUUCCCAUGGCGUCAGGUCAACCAUAGUCACCACCCCUUACAACCAACCCUUUUUCUCCAAACCCAUACAAACACAAACCCACAUCGAGAUCCGUCUCCUCCCGGAGUUCCCCGGCGUCCGGGUCGGCUUGCCGGGGGACUGCCAGCGACUCGAUCAGGUCGCUUCCGACGAAGAACUUCCCAGGUUCUUCGAGGCAUGCGCUUUGCUCCAGGAGCCAUUUGAGCAGCUCCUGGAGGAGGUCCGCCCAGACUGCGUGGUCGCGGACAUGUUCUUCCCUUGGGCCACGGAGGCCGCCGCCAAGUUCGGCAUCCCGAGACUCGUGUUUCACGGGAUCGGGUGUUUUCCCCUUUGUGCUCUCCACAGCCUCAGAACUCACAAGCCGUUCCAAAACGUUUCCUCUGACUCGGAGUCGUUUGUCCUUCCUGGUCUUCCGCACCGGGUGAGUCUCACUAGACUGCAGGUUCCACCGUCCGAACGCAGAGGCAGCGACGACGGGGGAGAUGAUGACUCGGCCAUGUCGGAGUUCAUGAAACGAAUUUGGGAGACGGAGGAGACCAGCUAUGGGGUCAUCUUCAACAGCUUCUACGAGCUCGAACCGGAUUACGCGGAGCACUACAAGAAUGUUCUUGGUCGGAGGUCUUGGUUUGUGGGGCCGCUUUCUCUAGGAAAGCGGGACAUGGAGCACAAAGCCGAAAUAGGGAAGAUGCCCGCCAUUGACGAGAAAGAAUGCUUGGAAUGGAUGGAUUCCAAGAAACCCGAUUCCGUCGUUUACAUUUGCUUUGGGAGCCUUGCGAAAUUCUCGGGCUCUCAGCUCCGGGAAAUGGCCACCGGGGUCGAGGAUUCCGGGCAGGAAUUCAUCUGGGUGUUGAGAUCAACGGUGGAGGAGGAAAAGGAAUGGAUGCCGGAAGGAUUCGAGGAGAGGACGCGAGGGAAAGGGCUGAUCAUAAGAGGGUGGGCCCCGCAAGUGCUGAUUCUCGACCACGGGUCGGUGGGCGCAUUCGUGACGCACUGCGGGUGGAACUCGACGCUGGAAGGGGUGUGUGCGGGCGUGCCCAUGGUCACCUGGCCCGUCCUCGCAGAGCAGUUCGCCAACGAGAAGAUGGUGACGGAUAUUCUGAGAACGGGCGUAGGAGUGGGUUCGAAAGAGUGGACGGUGUCAGAGAGCGAUGGGGUGAAGGGAGAAGCGGUUGCGGAGGCGAUCAAGAGGGUGAUGAUCGGCGAGGAGUCGGAGGAGAUGAGGGGCAGAGCCAAGGCGUUGAAAGAAAAGGCGAGAAAGGCGGUCAAGGAAGGAGGGUCUUCUUACUCCGACUUGAGUGCUCUCCUCGAUGAUUUGAGAGCUUACAGUGCAUAAUAACAACAAAUUAAUAACAACGUCAAUAACGACAAUGAAUCCUUAAAUGUAUGAGUCUGUCAAUAUGUCAUUGUCUGAGUGUUUCAAUCCUUAAAUAAUGUAUAAUUAUCAAAAUAAGUCUAUAUUUUACAUAGUAAUUGCAAUGCCUAUAUUUUAGUGAUUUUUAAAAUUGUAAACCUUUUAAAGAUUAUGAGAAGAACAUAAUAAUAUGUGAUGUUUUAU